AAACUGCAAAAAUCUGAAUAAGCUCAGUUGAAAUCCUGAGCUCUAACUGCUAAUAAAAGGGUUCGUUGAUUGAAGUUUGUAUCUUAUUCUGUUAUUUUUGCAAUAAAUACAAACUCGAUCAACAUUAUUGUUUUACUUUACUUUUUGUUAGCAUGUUGAUUACUUUAAUUGUGAAUAAUGUCUCGUGUUUUUAAAUGAAUCACAGCAAAUCUUUACUUCAACAACAACAGAUUUUUUGAUCAACUGUUUUUAUUUUCCUAUUGAUACUUAAUAAUUUGUGUUGCUCUUUUCUCUUAGUAAUUGCAAUAAUUCUCCUGUAUUUUUUUGUCUCAAGUUUUUCACGAUAAGUCUACUCUAACUAUUUUUACAAUCAACACUAAUUUAUCUGGUCUUUCAACGGUGUCUAAUUGUUAAAUUAUCUUACCUUUGGUCCAACUUAACUUUUGUUCACCACCAAAAACGAGCUUAAUCAUCACUCCUUUAUAAAUUCACCCUUAACCACAACAUCAUCAUUUUUAUUUUAUUUUUACUUUCAAUAAUUUACAAUAACUUAACACAAAGCUAAAUUUAAUAUCGUAUUAUUUCUAAUUUACACUCCAUUUUACGUUGAAAAUUUAUAAUGUGUCUUUCCAUCUCUAGUUAACUGAUUUGCAACGAUCUAGACUGAAACUAACACUAGUUAAUAAAGUGAAUACUUCCAUUGUCCUGUUUCAAAUUUACAAUCAAAAAAAUUGUAAUUAACAUAUCUCAUCCUUUUUGAUAAUAAAGGCCAAACAUCAAUAAUCAAAAUGUCAGCUGAAAACAAAGGAGCACGAAUAAGAUUACUUUUUAUGCUAGUCUUGACAACCUCAUUCUUUUUUGUUGAAUUAAUUGUCGGAUAUAUUACCAAUUCAAUGGCCCUGGUUGCUGAUUCAUUUCACAUGUUAUCCGAUGUUAUUGCUCUCAUCAUUGCCUACAUUUCAGUCAUGAUGUCACCCAAAAAGUGGGCUAAAAACACUUUUGGUUGGGCUAGAGCUGAAGUUCUUGGUGCUCUGGUAAAUGCAGUUUUCCUGGUUGCCCUUUGUUUCUCUAUUCUGGUUGAAUCAAUCAAACGUUUUUACAACCCAGAAGAGCUUCAUGCACCCAUUUUAAUCUUAGGAGUUGGGUUUGCUGGCCUAGUAGUCAAUGUAAUUGGUCUAUUCCUAUUUCAUGGUUCUGGUGGUGGACAUGGUCAUUCACAUGGUGGCGGUGGCGGUCAUGGACACUCUCAUGGAGAUGGACACAGCCAUGGAGAAAAAGACAAAUCAAGUAAACAAGCCCCACAAUCAAGUGAACAGAUGAAUAUGCGAGGAGUUUUCUUACAUGUACUUGCUGAUGCCUUGGGAUCGGUUAUAGUCUGCAUUUCAGCUUUAAUAAUAAUGUUCACAAAUUGGUCAAUCAAGGAAUAUGUCGAUCCGACUUUGUCCGUUUUAUUGGUUUGCCUAAUUAUGUACAGUACUUGGCCAUUGCUGGUUGAAUCGGCCAUGAUUUUACUACAAACUGUUCCAACUCACAUUGAGGUUGAUGAUUUACGUAAAAAAUUGACUCGAGAAAUCAACGGUGUAAUUGCUGUUCACGAGUUUCAUGUUUGGCAACUUGCUGGUGACCGUAUAAUAGCUUCAGCUCACAUUCGUUGUCACAAUUUAACUGAUUACAUGCAAAUUGCGGAGAAAGUUAAAGAAUUUUUCCACAAUGAAGGAAUCCAUUCAACAACCAUUCAACCUGAAUUUGUUGAUAUCGAUUAUCAGGUCAAAUCUCUUGAUAACUCGGAAGAUUGUGCCUUAGACUGUCCUGAAAAGACAACUUGCGCCUCCAAAACAUGCUGUGAUUCUAGACGAAGUUCACCUGAUCUGAGUAGAACUAAUAACGCUUGUCGAAUGUCUGAUGAUCAUUCUAUCUGUGAUGGUGACAAUCAUAAUCAUAACCCUGUGAUUGGUAAAAGUAUCAACACUGAACUGGGAACAUUUAGAAACAUUUCAUUGGAAACUCCAGGAAAUCGAUCAACAAAGGUCAUCCUUGAUACUGAUUUGAGUCGCCAGAAAGAUGCUGGAAGUCACAAUAACAAUAACUCAUUAUCUCGAAGUCAUUAUAAUCAUAAUCAUUCACCUGGAUCUGGAAUGAAUAAUGUCUAGUUUUGGCAAUUUGUAUUUCAAAUGGUUAACAAAUUGGUCUUAUCAUCCACAAAUGCCAUCAUUUAUUAAUAAUUUCAUCUCCUAAACAUUACCAAUACAAAACACCAUUUUCAACAGUUUUCAUCAAAAGAAACCAUUUCUCGUCACAAAUUUAUCUCUUUUUCACAAUUGUUAAUCUAUUUUUGAUCAAAUUAUUUAAGCUUUUUAGUUUCACUUUUAGCUUUUGCGACAAUUGUUAUCUAUCCACCGAACAGAUUCCUAAACCAUUCAUUAUUUGAUCCAUUUUUUGUCAAAACUCUUGUCCAUCAAUCUGAUUCAAAUUGUAUACUUAUUAGGAUAAUAUUUUGAUAAUUUUUAUUUAUGUCACUAUCGUGAUUGUCCAGAACCAAGAUUACAAAUGUAAAAGAGUUUUGAUCAUUAAUUGUUGAAUUACUGUUGUAAUAUUUAAUAUACAUUGUUGACACUUUAACAUCAAACCAAUUAAACAAGUUAUUACAAACACAUAAGAA